UUCCGCUCCCGCGGUCACAGAGGAAGGAAUCGCCGACGCUCCAUCAUGUCUUCUCUGUUUUCGUGACUCCGGCCUGUUUGUUUAACGUGGCGUUAGAGCCGGAAAGGCGGCCGCCCGGCUGUCGAUAUGUCAAUGUCGACGUUUCAGAAGGUGACCCUGGCCGCGUGCCUCGUGCUGUGCGUGGCGCUGCUGCUUCCCAAGCUGCUGCUGUCCAGGGGGAGGAAGGAUGCUGCGGAGCGGCCAGAAGGAUCGGGCCAUUUCCCUCCCAUGAUGCACCGGCAGAUGACUCCGGAGGGUCGGGGCCAGAGGGCAGCGGGGUCCGGGUUCUCCAGAUCCCAUAACUCUGACUCCACGUCCAGGGCCAAAGGAGCCGGGACAGGGACCGGGACCGGAGGCAAGUCCAACCUGGCGGGACAGAUUAUCCCCGUGUACGGCUUUGGGAUCUUACUCUACAUCCUCUACAUUUUAUUUAAGAUCACAUCCAAAGGGAACAGCAAGCCGUCAGCUAGGAGGUGUCUUCCACAUCGAUCUGAGAAUAUGAAGAGGAAGAUCACCGACUUCGAGCUGGCCCAGCUGCAGGACAAGCUGAGGGAGACGGAGCUGGUGAUGGAGAACAUCGUCUCCGGCGCCCACCACAGUCCUGACAGGGUAACGGGGGUCACCGCCGACCAGGAGGAGAGUCUGCUGCAGCAGCUGUCAGAGAUAACCAGAGUGAUGCAGGAGGGCCAGCUGGUGGACGGGAUCCUGCCGGAGAAGAAGGUCCAGGAAGGCUGGAACGACUAUCCAGAGGAGCCUCGCCCGUGUUGGGAUGAUACCCAGUGCUGCUGUCAGCACAGCCCAGAAGAACCUGAUGCAGACAGAACAGAAGAGGCUUCGGACAACCAGGCGGAAAACCUUCUGGGGGGUUUUAAAGGUCAAGAGUCUGAAGCCACUGAAGAAAGAGUGAAAGAGGAGGAGACGCAGCAUCGGCACAACGUGGAAAGUGCUCAGCUUGACCUGGCCGGGGUGCUCCAGGAGCUGGAGCUCACCCUGAAGGUGACGUCCGCGUUGGAGCAGGAGAAAAUCCUAGAGCUCAGCCGACCUGCGGCGACGGAAACAUCCGGCGGCUCAGUGAGACGGAGGAACAAGAGAAGGAAGGCCAAGAAAGCCGCACCCUGACUCUCCCAUGAGGCUCAGCAACGUUAGCUCAAGCUUUAGGCGCUCUCGGCUGAUUGGCUGUAGCAUGGCAGCUGGUGUUAGCAUGACAGCGCCAGCCAUGGUAAUCUGUACUUGACCUGGAAGAGAGCAGAACCUGAGCGUCAGGAACAAGUAGCAUUUAAAUGAACCGUUUAAUAAGCCGAGUUCAUACUGCAACACUGACAGCAGCCUAUUUAUGGGAUUGACUAUUUCUGACAAAAAUUGUCAGCCAAUCAUCACUGGUGAAUUAAAUUUGGGGUUUUUAUGAUUUAUUUGAACCGCUCUGUUUAGAGUGGAAUGAUCAUAGGAGCCGGGCCGGACCGAAGCAUUAGCAAUAACAUGCUGCUGCAUUAAAGAACUUGGGAUCACAGAGCAAGUUGAUCUGGGCAGGAGUUGAUCUCUUAUGAAGGCAAAUGUUUAGAAUUGUAAAGUUAUGUCAACAAUAAGCUCUAAUUUAUGACUUUAUCACCAUCUGAAAUUGUUAAAAGCUUUUUUUUUAAUGAAAAGUGACAAUAUUUAUGACAUAGCCAGGCCAAUGAGAAUCAAACUAAAAACUGCAAAUUAACUGUGCAGAUAUGUAAUCAUGCAAGAAACUUGUAUUUUAUUUCUUUUGAUGUGGUUCUGGCGUUGAUCUGCCUGUUCAGAUAGACGACAGGGUUAAGGUUUGCCGUUACCCUUUGAGAACAUUUCCGCACUUCCUUGUGUUGUCCAUGUUUUCACAUUUUAGCAUGCAAAGUGAAAAUGGUUUUUCCUGAAAACGUACGAGGAUGUUUCAGAAAAAGCACACGAGUUCAGACAGAAAAUGUUACGAUAUUCUGAAAGACAAUAAACGUUUUUGCUUCCUCUCA